AUGGGAGCACUAAGCAGUCGGAUGCUAUGGGGCAGAGGGGGGCGCGCCCCAGAGGAUCCAGGUGUCGCUAGGGAGGAGGAGGAAGCUGUGGAGGCAGCUGUGGCAGUGAUAGAAGAGGGGGAGGAGGAGAGUGAAGAGACCAGGCCCACCACCAGUCAGGGCAGCCACAAGCGGAAGACAGGCCCUGAAGGGCUGCUCUCAAAAGUGCCCCGCCGGAAGCGCGCUAAAGACAGUUCAGGGUCCGUUUAUGAGGCACUCUUUCUGAGAGGGGAAGACAGCGAUGUGCAGAUCCGCGCCCUGGGGGAGGAGUGGAACUUGCACAGGAUCUACUUGUGCCAGUCAGGGUACUUUGCUAGCAUGUUCAGUGGUGCUUGGCGGGAGACAACCAUGAAUACUAUAGAGUUGCAGAUGCCUGACGAGAACAUCGAUCGUGAGGCACUGCACGAGGUUUUAGGUUCCCUGUACCUAGACACUGUGCUCAUCCCACCCAGUCGAGUCGUCGCCAUCCUGGCCACAGCCAGCCUGCUGCAGCUGGACGAGCUGAUUCAGCAGUGUGGGGAGGUCAUGAAGGAAACUGUCACUGCCCAGACCGUGUGCAGCUACUACUACUCUUCUGAGAGCUACGGACUCCAGAACAUCAGGAUCAUGUGUCUCCAGUGGCUGCUGGACAACCUGAUGACCCAGCAUAGUGAUGAGCUAUUGCGAGAAGUCAGCCUGGAUCUCAUGAAAGAGCUCAUCGCCUCUUCAGAGCUCUUGGUGAUAGAGGUGGAGAUGGAUGUGUACACCACUCUGAAAAAGUGGGUGUUCCUACAGCUACACCCAACAUGGAGGGGCCCCCGCAAAGCCCUAUUGCCUGAUGCUGACUCGUGGUUUGCCAGGUCUAGGAGAGAGUCAGAGGGCACGCCUUUCCUGGAAACCGAGCAGGGCAGAGCCUUCGUGCCAGUGUUUCAGCAGCUGCGGAUCGCCUACAUAAUCUGUGACCUGCCAUCAGCCUGUGUCAUUGACCAGGAUGCACUGAUCCCUGCCACAUGGCUGACCCCAGUGUACAAAGAGCAGUGGCUUGCCCUCCUCCAGGCUGAGCAGACCAGGGAGCUCGGGCCCAUGGACGUCCAUGUGUCUGACCUCCAGGGGAACAGCAUGCGGUGUGGGGGCCAGCUUCACAGAGACGAGCAGCACAGCUGGCGGUGGGCUGGCUUCAACUUUGGCUGGGACCUGGUGGUGUGCUAUGCCAAUCGACGCAUCAUUUUCCGGCGCAGUGCUCUGAACAAGUCCUGCGGCCUUGGGGUCAGCUUACUCUGGCAGAGAAAGGUCGCGUUCCGCCUGCGCCUGGCCUCCUUGGACAGGGCUGGAAGAGCCAUUUUCAGGAAGGACACAGAAUACCAGAUGCUUUCCCUGAGAAAGGAUCAAGAGCUAGAAGUAGUGAACCUGGAACACCAAGAUAUAGUUUUCCCCAUAUAUGUGGCAUGUAACUUCCUGUACCUCCCAGGAGAGGGGCAUUUCCCAGAGUGA